AGAAACUCGAGACGCUACCAUAUUCAACCAACUCAUCCGCCAACAUGGUCAGAUUAAUCACCCAUAACAUGCUUGCUUGCCACGUCAAGAACUGCACAAAGGACAACUUUCCCCUCGUCUUCUCAGAGGUAGAGCUCGUUGAACGACCGGCACCUAUCAAUCCGGAUUUCAUCAAGCGAUUCUUGCCCAAACUCGAUUGGAAGGCUUUGGUGGAUACUGCUCGGUCUCUCGGUGAUACUAGUCUCCCCGAUACCAUGCCUGAAAACUGGACAGAUGAGGAAAUACAAGCUUUACACCAUGUCCUUUUCGAGUUGCAUGUGGAGGAAGGAAUCAUGACAUGUCGAGGGUGUGGCCAUGCCUACCCUGUGGCUAACGGUAUCCCCAAUAUGUUGCUCGCUGAGCACGAGGUUGGCAGAUGAGCUGCGUGCAAGUUUUGCACAUUAGAUAGUUUGUUGUACAAUAACCAUGAUGCAUUUCUCUCUCUCUCU